AGACUUGAUUUGCAAAAUGCAUUGUUGUGCAAGGGUGAUUAUUUCCAUGUGAGAUGUUGUGCACAUAUCUUGAAUAUUAUAGUUCAAGAAGGGUUGAAGGUUGCUAGUGAUGCUUUGGAUAAAAUUAGAGCAAGUGUCAAAUAUGUAAAAGCAUCAGAAGCGAGAAUGAUUAAGUUUAAGGAAUGUGCUAGGAAAACUGGUAUUGAGCUCACUUCUUCACUUUGCUUGGAUGUGGCUACACGUUGGAAUUCCACAUAUUUGAUGCUUGAUAGUGGAAUUAAAUAUCGCAAAGUUUUUUGCAUGCUUGCAUUUGAUGAUUUGGCAUAUAAGCAUUGUCCGACAGAAGAAGAAUGGGAUAGAGGAGAAAUAAUAUGUGAAUUCUUGAAUCCAUUUUACACCAUUACUACUUUGAUUUCUGGUACAUCUUAUCCUACUUCCAAUUUGUAUUUUAUGGAAGUUUGGAAGAUUGCACGUUUGUUGGAGGUAAAUGUUAGAAGUAAAGAUGAAGUGGUGAAGUCUAUGUCCCUUGCUAUGCAAUCAAGGUUUGAGAAAUAUUGGGAGGAGUAUAGUGAUAUUCUAUCAAUGGGGGCAGUGUUUGAUCCAAGAAUGAAGUUGAAGCUUUUGGAGUAUUGUUAUUCAAAAAUUGAUCCCAUUUCUAGUAGUGAUAAAAUCAACAUAUUGAAGAUGAAGUUGCAUGUUCUAUAUGAUGAGUAUAAGAGAAAGGGUGUUGGUGUAUCUUUGUUCAAAGUUCCUCAAUCUAGUUCUAGUUCUAGUUCUCAAGUUAGAGAACUUGAAUUUAGAGAAAAAGGAGGAGGAGUAAGAAGGCAAGAAUUGGGAAGAGGAUUGAAUUUGAAUGACAAAGAACUUGAGGAAUACAAAAGUUACAAAGGUGGAACUUCCGAUUCAAAAUCACUUUUGGAUAUUUAUUUGGAGGAAGCCCCAAUGGAUGAGAAGGUUGAAAUUGAUUUGCUUAUGUAUUGGAAAGAUAAUGCUUCCCGCUUUGGAGAACUUGCUAGGAUGGCAUGUGAUGUGCUUAGCAUUCCCAUAACGACGGUGGCAUCCGAAUCUUCCUUUAGCAUCGGAGCACAUGUUUUGAACAAGUACAGGAAUAGGCUUCUUCCCGAAAGAGUUCAAGCUCUUAUUUGCACACGUAAUUGGUUACAUGGAUAUUCCGAUGAUGGUGAAGAUGAUGAGGAAGAAGACAUGGAUCAAGUUGGAGCACCGAAUGUUAUUAACGUUGAAGAAGAGUGUUACUCAAACAUUUAGACUUUAUAUUUAUUUUUGAGAUGCUUUGUUUCUUUAAUUUCAAACUAUUGUUGAAUACUUUAUUUUUAUUUUUUUAACAAGUUGAACAUUUUAUUAUUAUUAACUUA